AUGAUAUCACUGACAAUUGUUGAUCAUUUUGAAGAGUAUUUUGUUUUUGGGGUGCCAGCUCGAGAUAGAAGACUACCACGUUCCCCACUAGUCAUUUUAAAUCAGCACAUAAUAGUUCUCAUUGGUUUGCAUAAGACUAAUAAUUUGAGAGGUGUCUUAAUCGCUUCCAGUUCGAUAUUGGAAAACAUCAACCUGACCUUUACUUUGCUCUUGCUGGAUUCCAAAAGUUGCAAGCGGGUGCAGAGAUAA